AUGGGUGAAUGGUCAUGUGGACACUAUAUUUUCAUUGUCAAAUUUGAUGUUACCAUCUAUUGGUACAUGCGAAGAUGUUAUAACAAGUUCCGGAAACCACCUGCGAAGAGCAAAGGAACUGCUAUAAAAGUACAAGCAAGUCGCUCAGCGACGCAUUAUUACAUUAAAUACGUAAAGUUUGUUGCUGCAGCCGCUCGUAGAGCCAGUAUCAAAGAGAAUACUGCUGCUACCGAGUUGGAUAGUUUUCAGAAGGAUCAGAAUACUUCAAAUGAAACAAGAGCAAGUCGCGAAAAAGAUCUACAUGCCAAACACAAGAAGAGCAAAAGGCUUGCCUUAAGCAUUUUUAUAACAAUAAUUCAACUGCUUGCAUUCAAAGCUUUUGUCAAGACGUUCGCAAAUAGGUUCAUUAGCCUUGUAAUUGUACUCUAAGAAUAUGAUACGGAUUCUUAAAUAUAAACUUAACAUUAAAGAAAUUAACUUCCAACACCCCCUCAUAAUGGCCUACAAACAAUCAAUGAAUUGUUUUUAAGUAAGG